AUGUGGAUAAAUACAUUGAGUGUUCUAUCUACCGUACAAGUAGAAGGCGGUCAUUUAUUGUAUUUGGCUGAAUGUCAUCUUAUGAAUUGUUGGAAAAUUCUCAUUUGUAAUGAAAAUGGUGAUUUGGUGACAGAUUUUACACUUGAUAAUUCAUCAAUAAAAGUUACUGGAUAUUGUGCGAAGUUACUAUCACCAACUGAAGACAAUAGUUCAACAUUGAUCUAUCUUAUAAUUGCAACAUCAGAUAAUAUUUUACGUGUUCUAGGAUGUGCAAUAAACAAUCCAAUCACAGUGGUGAAUUCAAAACAGUGGAAACAGGUUGCUAUGUAUCCAGUUGAGACAGAAAUCACUCAACUUUAUACUCUUGAUGGUGAUAGUCAAUUGAAAAUUCUUGCCGGUGAUAGACAAGGACAAAUUCAUUGUUUUACAUUAUUGUGAUUUGUACACAUACAUGCAGAUAAAGUGUGUAUGUUGUAAAACUGUUUUAUUUCUUUUGGAAAAACGUUUUCCUGUUAAUUUUGCUUUUUAUAUUUUAACAUACAGCUAACUUCUUUCUUUCACAAUUAUUUCCUUAAUAAUAUGUGCAAAUGAAUAAUCAUGAGAUGGGAUUGUCUAAUGUCAUUUAUGGUGAUCAUUUAUUAUUAUCACCAAAUUGAAAACAUGUUAACCUGUUCUUUUAAAAUAUAUUUAUUUAAUAAAAUGCUUUGUUCAUUGA